ACUCUGACCGGUUGGGGAAAGAUGGCUUCCCAGAAACUCUGUUUGAGGUUAAUGGGGCUAGCUGCAUUGCUGACACUGUUGGCUACUAGAGAUGUAUCCAGUGACGGCAGCAGCUUGCACAAGAUCUUAAAGAGAAGAGAUGUGGCAGGAGCUGGUACUGUCUCCUCAAAGUCCUCCGUCGCCGUCACUCCUUCCAAGGCUCAAGAGUUCCUGGCAAAGCUGAGCAGGACCAAAAGGAACAUUUGGGAUCGCAGUAGACCAGAUGUACAGCAAUGGAUUAUGCAGUUCAUGUACAUGGGCUAUGAUGAGCAGAGGCUGGAGGCUGACCUAUCGUACUGGAUGGACCACGCACGCGCCAAUGACCAAGGGCGUCAGCACCACUAUGAUGAAAAUGCCCCAAUGGGUCCGCGUGACACUUCGUCUUACAGACAUGGGGCUAAUGUCAACUAUGACUACUAUUAACUCCAAUCUCACACACAGUGGUUGAAGGGGUUUGUUUCUUCAUCAGCCUCCUGUCUUCAUUUUGAGAGAAUACAGCCUGUGAUAGUCUGUAGUUUUACACCUGUCACACAGCUGUCAACAUCCAAGUACUCCACAGCUGCUCUGGCUUCUUCGUCUUAAUUGGUUAGACCCAGAAGUAUAACCCCCUUGCAACUCUUUCUCACCAUCCUUACAUACUGGUUAGAAAACACAGAAAUGUGUUUUUGCUCUCAUUAAACAUUGCCUCUGCUCUACAAGUAAAGCUGUGAGGCAGCUGAUUUGUAUGAAAUAAUUAAAUUCUUGUCUUAUCACUUGACAAAAUAAAGAUACUUGGCUCCAUA